UUAAGGACUCACAUGGGCUCUCCUCAGCAAUGACCAGCCAAGCUAACGGCGGGGAGGCGGUCCCUCCGGCUCGGACCAAUCAGAGGACAUUUUUGGAUGAUGUCAUUUUGACCUUUAGCUCGCCGAUGGCCUGGCUGCUGGUCGUGGCUCUGAUCCUCACGUGGUCAGGAGUCGCCAUCGUUCUCUUCGAUCUGCUUGACUAUAAAACUCUGGCAGAGUACACAUCAUACUGUGACGACCCCGUGUGUUUAUCUCCUGGUCUCCCUCCUCCACCUGCCAUCGCUAGGAGAGGUUUGAAGGCUAGAGGUGGUGUUCGUCCAAUAAGAUCAAGCCCUGCUGCAGUCCCUGCUGAUGUCACAGCUCAGGAGACCACCGAUUGGCUGGAGAUGAUAUGGACUUUUGCAGCCAGUUUGGUAGCUCCCGAUGAUGAGGAGGAAGGUAUUCACCAGCUAACUGAAACCCUCACAUCUUUCCACUCUGAGGAGCUCUGAACAAGAGGACUUUGGAGAAGGACGAGGAUGGACAAGCAUGAGGAGCCGGAGAGGAGGCAAAAGAGACGAGUGUCUGACUGAAGUGGGAGAGAGGAUGUAAA